AUGAAUAUGGGAGUGUCAAUAGCUCUUCCAGAUGGAACAGAUCUGGAAUUGAGGCUGACUGGUGGAGAUAGUCACUGCUCUGGGAGAGUAGAGGUGAAAUUCCAGGGAGAGUGGGGGACCGUGUGUGAUGAUGGUUGGACUACUACUGAAACAACUGUUGUGUGCAAACAGCUAGGAUGUCCAUUUUUUAUCACCAAACUUGGUCUUGGAAAUGCCAUGACUGGACAUGGAAAAAUUUGGCUUGAUGAUGUUUCCUGUUAUGGGGAUGAAUCAGCUCUCUGGGAGUGCCAGCACAAGGAAUGGGGAAGCCAUGACUGUAGUCAUAGAGAGGAUGUUGGCAUAAGCUGUUAUGGUAAAGACACCCUGGAUUUGAGGCUGGUGGAUGGAAGCAGCCUCUGUUCAGGGAGAGUGGAGGUGAAAUUCCAAGAACAGUGGGGCACCGUAUGUGAUGAUGGUUGGGACUUGAAUGUUGCUGCUGUGGUGUGCAGGCAACUGGGAUGUCCAUCUGCUUUCUUUUUUCCUGGAAUUGUUAAUAGCCCUGCUACAUCUAGCCCCAUUUGGCUGGAUAAUAUUUCCUGUAGUGGGAAUGAGUCAGCACUCUGGGACUGUGGUCACCGUGAAUGGGGGAUACAUGACUGCAGUCAUAAUGAGGACGCCACAUUGACUUGUUCUGAUGGUACUGAUCUAGAACUGAGGCUUGUAGGUGGAAGUAACCACUGUGUUGGGAGAGUAGAGCUGAAAAUCCAAGGAAAGUGGGGGACCAUAUGCCACCAUAACUGGAACAAUGCUGCUGCUAACGUGGUGUGCAAGCAGUUGGGAUGUGGAACAGCACUUCACUUCCCUGGCUUGCCUCAUUUGGAAUCAGGGUUUGGUACUAUAUGGCUUGAUGAUGUCUCUUGCUCUGGUGACGAAUCUUUUCUUUGGGACUGCAGACAUUCUGGAAGGGUAAAUUAUAAUUGUAUUCAUCAGAAGGAUGUGGCUGUGAUCUGCUCUGGUAAGACCUACAUUCAUAUGAUUACAUCAGAUAAAAUACCUCUUUUGGAGAAACAGGUACAAGCCUUGAAGAAGUUACAACCAAUUGUGAAUUGGGGAUCGGGGGUGAAGCAAGCUGAUGAUCCUGUCCCAAACCCAACCCAGAUGUUUCGCUGUGACUUUGUUCUAGAUGGAGCAGAUUUGGACCUGCGAUUGGUGGAUGGAAGCAGCAAUUGUUCAGGGAGAAUAGAGGUGAGAAUCCAUGGACAGUGGUGGACAAUAUGUGACUAUGGCUGGAAUAAUAAACAAGCCACUGUGGUUUGUAAACAGCUAGGAUGUCCAAAUGGUAUCUCUGGCAGUCACUAUGCUAAACCCAGUAGAGAAUCUAAGGAGAUCUGGAUAAACAGUGUAUCUUGCAUUGGAAAUGAAUCAGCUCUCUGGGACUGCAUGUAUGAUGGAAAAGCAAAGCGAGCAUGUGUCCAAAGAUCAGAUGCUGGAAUAAUCUGUGCUGGUAAGACAGAUCUGGACCUGAGGCUCGUGGGUGCAGAUAGUCACUGUUAUGGGAGAUUGGAGGUGAAAUACCAAGGAGAGUGGGGGACUGUGUGCCAUGACAAAUGGAGCACAAAGAAUGCAGCUGUUGUGUGUAAACAAUUGGGAUGUGGAAAUCCUAUCCAUAUAUAUGGUAUGACCCAUAUUAAUGAAGCAUCAGGACCUAUCUGGUUGGAUGAUGUUUCUUGCAUUGGAAAUGAGGCAAAUAUCUGGGACUGUGAACACCCUGGAUGGGGAAAGCAUAACUGUGUACACAGAGAGGAUGUGACUGUGUCCUGCUCAGAUAGUACAAAGUGGAGCCUGAGGCUAAUAGAUGGCAACAGCCGCUGCUCUGGAAGACUGGAGGUGUACUUUCAAGGACAGUGGGGCACAGUGUGUGAUGACAACUGGAGCAGUGAUGCUGCUGCUGUGGUGUGUGACCAGCUGGAUUGUCCAUCUUCUAUUAUCGGCAUGGGUCUGGGAAAUACUUCUGUGGGAUCUGGAAAAAUUUGGCUUGAUGAUGUUUCCUGUGACGGGGAUGAGCCACAACUCUGGGCAUGCAGGCACAGUGGGUGGGGAAAUCAUGACUGCAGUCACAGUGAAGAUGUUGGAGUGACCUGUUCUGAUGAAUCAAAUAUGGAACUGAGGCUUGUGGGUGGAGGCAGCAGAUGUGCUGGGAGAGUCGAGGUGGAAAUCAAUGGUGCUGCGGCAACCGUAUGUGCUACCCACUGGGGAAUGAACAUUGCUGCAGUUGUUUGCAGGCAACUUGGAUGUGAGUCUGUACUCAGUAUCUCUGAAGAGCCUCGUUUCACAGAAAGAACAUCACACAUCUUACUAUCUACAUCUAGCUGCACUGGAAAUGAAGCCUCUCUCUGGGACUGUGUCCAUUGGAAGUGGAUACAGACUACAUGUCUUUCUAAUAUGGAAGCUAGUAUAAUCUGCUCAGUCUACAGGCAGCCCAGGCUGGUUGGAACUGAUCUUUCCUGUUCUGGACGUGUUGAAGUGAAAGAUGGAGACGUGUGGGGAUCUGUCUGUGAUUCUGACUUCUCUCUCCAUGCCGCCAAUGUGCUGUGCAGAGAAUUAAAUUGUGGAGAGGCCAGAUCUCUUUUUGUGGGAGCUCACUUUGGAAAAGGGAAUGGCCCAAUUUGGGCUGAAAAGUUCAAGUGUGAAGGGAAUGAAACUCACCUUGCAUUGUGCCCCACAGCGCCCCAUCCGGAAGAGUCUUGUAACCACAGCAGAGAAGUUGGAGUUGUCUGUUCUCGCUAUACAGAUGCCCGACUUGUGAAUGGCAAAUCCCAGUGUGAGGGACAAGUGGAGAUCAAGGUCCUUGGAUACUGGGGCUCCCUCUGUGACAAUCACUGGGACCUGGAAGAUGCCAAUGUCCUAUGCAGCCAACUCAGCUGUGGGGUUGCUCUCUCAACCACAAGAGGGAAAUAUAUUGGAGAAGGAAGUGGCCGUGUUUGGGGACACGGAUUUCAUUGCUUAGGGAAUGAGUCACUUCUGGAUAAUUGUCAGAUGACAGUCCUUGGAGCACCUCUCUGUGCCCAUGAAAAUACCGUCUCUGUGACCUGCACAGGAAAUCAAACCCAGCCAUUGUUUCCAUGCUCUGCAAGUUUAUCUGACUCAUCUGUGUCUUCAGUCCCAGAAGAUGGUGAUUUCAUCUGCUCAAGGAACAAACAGCUCCGCCUGGUGGAUGGGGGUGGUCGCUGUGCUGGCAGAGUGGAGAUGCUUCACCAGGGCUCCUGGGGCACCAUCUGUGAUGACAGCUGGGACCUGAGUGAUGCCCAUGUGGUGUGCAGACAGCUGGGCUGUGGAGUGGCGAUUAAUGCUACCAAAUCUGCUCACUUUGGGGCUGGAUCAGGGCCUAUCUGGUUGGAUGAACUAAAUUGCACAGGAAAGGAGUCCCACGUGUGGAAGUGCCCUUCCAGGGACUGGGGGCAGCACGACUGCAGGCACAAGGAGGAUGCUGGGGUCAUCUGCUCAGAAUUCACAGCUUUGAGGCUCUGUGGUGAAACUGAAAGGGAGACCUGUGCUGGGAGAUUGGAGGUUUUCUACAAUGGGACCUGGGGCAGUGUGGGCAGGAACAUCACUGUAGUCACAGCAGGGAUCGUGUGCCGGCAGCUGGGCUGUGCAGAGAGUGGAGUUGUCAGCCUGGCCCCUUCAUACAAGACAGGCUCUGGUUUCAUGUGGGUAGAUGACAUUCAGUGUCCUAAAAUGCAUGUCUCCAUAUGGCAGUGCCCUUCUGCCCCCUGGGAGCAGAGAGCAUCCAGCCCAGCUGAAGAGUCCUGGAUCACAUGUGAUGAUAAGAUAAGAGUCAGUGGAGGCGACACCAAAUGCUCUGGGAGAGUGGAGAUCUGGCACAAAGGCUCCUGGGGUACAGUGUGUGACGAUUCCUGGGACCUGGCAGAGGCUGAAGUGGUGUGUCAGCAACUUGGCUGUGGCUCUGCUCUGGCUGCCGUGGGGGAGGCGGCGUUUGGCCAGGGGACUGGACCUAUCUGGCUGGACGAAAUACAGUGCAAGGGAAACGAGUCUUUUCUAUGGGACUGUCAUUCCAAACCCUGGGGACAAAGUGACUGUGUACACAAGGAAGAUGCCAGUGUAAGGUGCUCUGGACAGUCACUGAGAUCACUUGAAGCCUCAGGUCACUCAGCAUUUAUUUUAUCUGGUAUCCUUGGGCUCCUCCUGGUUCUGUUUAUUCUAUUUCUUCUUGUGUGGUCUCAAGUACAGAAACAAAAACAUCGGCUCAGAGUUUCAUCCAGAAGAAGGAAUUCUCUAGAAGAGGACCUAUUCCGUGAGAUGGAUAAUUGCCUCACCAGGGAGGAUCCACAUCAGAUGAGCACUUCAGAUGGCACCUCCAUCCAUGGUUGUGAAGAUGCUGGCCAUAUAACACUGCUGGAAGUUCUUCCUGCCUUGGAAGCCACAAAAUGA